AUGCCACAACCUAAUAAGACCAUCAAUACUAAUAUUUGCCCAAUUGAAUUGCUACAAACUCUAUUAUAUGAUAUCAGACACAAAUUCAAUAGCAAUGACACCAUCAAUUUUGAAAAAAUCAACCAACUUAUUAACUCAAUUAGGUUGAUAAAAUCGGAUGUUUCUGACUCUAAUACUACCUACGACACCAGUUUACAGCACUUUAUUGAUAUACCACUAAUUAGUUUUACAAACUUUAUAUUUCAAAAUAAUACCGAGUCUCAGACUAAAAACAGUUUACUUGCUGAGAAUUUUUCAUCUUAUUUAUUAAGUUUAUCCUAUAUUUAUAAGUUAGUAUUAAACUCUGCUAACACUACCACGCUUUCUUUAUUUGAUUGUACGUUUGCGAAAUUAUGGAACGAUUUGAAUUAUAGUACCAUUGAUGUCUCUGCGUGUCACGAUUAUAUACAUAAUGAUCUGAUAGCAUGUUCUCCAACUAUAGUUCAGCAGUUAAAAAAAAAUAGCUUUGCUAGUACCACUAACAAUGCCACCGCAAAUAGUAACUUUUUCCUAUUAAGUAGUAAAGAAUUAGGUUGUGACCAAGAGUUGGUCGAAUUGACCACGGUAAAUAAUUUAUAUGUUCAAAACCGUGUUACUUCUACUGGUUUCGUAAUUUGUCAGUACAAAUCAGUAACACAAAAUGAUUCGUAUUACAUUUAUCCAUUAUCGAAAAAAAAUGUCGUUGAAUUUAUGAAUGAUUUAUUGAAUAAUAAUAAUAAUCUAUCUGAUUUUUUGGUGCAAAGCAACACUGCAGAUGCGAGCAGUUCGACUAGUAAUAUAGGGAAGAGAAUUAUGUUCCCCGUGUUUAAUAGAAAUGCAUUGGCUGAAAUUAGCAUAAAUGAUGAUAACAAAUCAAUAAACUUCAGUAUAGGUGAAGACAGUAAUACUAUAAAUAUUGAAUUGGUUUAUUAUGAUGGGAACUUAAAACAGUGGGAAAAGUUAUGGAAACCCUUUUUUUCUGCCACCAACAGUGUUCGUUGUAUGGAUAAUUUGAUUGCUUCUACUACUAAAAACAUAAACAGUAGUAGUAGUGGUAGUUUACCCGGUUUGGGUAUAUUUAGUCACUCAUGUGAGAACAUCCUUUGCAACGUGGAUACUGAGGGCUUUCAAGAUAAUAAUGACGAUUUGAUAAGUGUUAUUUCCGACUUAAAAGAUAUAACUUUGAAAAAUAUUAAAGCUAGUGUUAAAGACAAUAAACUUGGUAGUAACAAUACAGAGAAAACUAAUAAUAGUAAUAGGAAAAGUUCUGUUAAGGGAGGAAGUAUUGGUAAUGUUGCCUCUGAUUUUAAAUUUAUUAAAUCUAUUGAUUUCUAUAAUUUGAAAAGUAAAUCAAGCUCAUUGUUUAACUUGUUCACCCAUAAUGAUAAUAGUAGUGAUACUUCGCUUAACAACAGUACUAAGAAUAAUAGCAGGCUAAUUAAAAAUAUUAGUGCCAAGCCGGAUAUAAAAAUCAUAAAUGAUGAGCCAAAUGAUGACAACGAUGAUGAUGAUAUAUUUGAGAAUGUUGACUUGGAAAACAUUACUGUGCGUCAACAUGUGUUGACUGACAAUUAUAGAAAUAACAGUGAUAGUAACAGCAUUAAGGAUAAAAAUGAUAAUAGCAGUAGUAACGACGAAACAACAUAUUCGUUUUCCAUGACUAACAGUAAUACAUUAACAUCUAUGUCAUCUACAGAAACAGAGGAGGCAUGUGCAAAUACGAUAGUGGUCUCUAAAACCAAAGUUAGAUUGCAUGUCUUUGAAAAUAAUAAAGCGUGGGUUCCAAAAUCUACAGGAUACAUUGAAAUUCAGCACAAUCCAAUAAAAUAUUCCAAUAAAUUAACGGUGACAUAUUACAAUUUUAUUUUUGACUCAAAAAGUAAUAAUCUAAACUUACAAUUGUUAGCAAAUAAAAGUAAUAUAUAUAGGAUAGGCAAUUCAGGCAUUUAUCUAUAUCAUCAUAAAUCACAAACGUAUUACCUGUUUGAAUUUAAAAAUACUGAAUUAGCCGAUAGUGUAUAUAAAAUACUACAACAAAAAUAA